UCACCCACCCCAACCCCUGGAGAAGCAGGGCUCACAGAGGUGGGGCAACCCACCUGGGUCUCAGCAAGGCAGGGGCAGAGCCCCGGGGCUUUCUGCUGCCCCAUCCCCUGCCUGGGCUGGACUCUGGGACUCAGAGAUUGAGAGUGCCUCCUACGCCUGUUCACCCCUCUCGCCUCAGCCCCAGAUCAGGCCACAUCCUUUUAUGUGGGCCCUCAUCCCCCACUCUCCUCUGGCCUCCCAGCUUCCGGUUUAUCUCGUUCAGUCCAGGCUACAUAGAGCUCCCGCGAUGACCCUGCCCCUCCCCUGCUCUCAGUGCUCCCAUGGCUCCCCAGCACCCUGGCAGAAGUCCCAAGCUCUGCAGUCUGAUAACCAAAACCCUGUGUGCUGUGAUCCCCACCCGUCUCUGUCACUUCAUAUCUCACUGCUCCCCUCCAACCAAGUUCCUCUCCAGUCCCCGAAAGAGCCCCGCCAUGGUGCCUCUGGGCCUUUGCACAGGCUAUUCUUUCUGCCUGGCACAGCUUUCUCCUCUUGGCAGCCUGGAAUGUUCCUCCUCACUACUCAAGAUUUCAAACAUCACUCCUUUGUUAUCUCUCUGCCAGAUCCCCUCCUCUCUGUCCCCACAGCUCUGGCCCCAUCAUCUCCUAGACCCUCCCCUCAGCCUCUAGUCUCUCCCCUCCAGUCAAUUCCCAGCAUGGUCCUACACCCAGAGAUGACCCUUUCUCCCCAUCUCUUGCUCACAGCCCUCCUGUGCCCAUGCCCCUGCCCCAGCAUCCUCAGGCAAAGUCCCAGCCCCUCAGACUAUUUUAGAAUGUAUUCAUCUCCUCUGUCAUUGAAAACAGGGAUCAAUCAACUCUUUCAUGGCAAGGCCAUGCUGGAGACCCAGAGAUAAGUCCGCUAUGAGCCCUGCGCUGAGGGAAGCCAGGGAAACAGAUACACAGAAAAAGAAUACACAACUUUCCCCUCUCCGACCCCUCCCCCUGCCCUGCCCACCAAAGGCCCAGAGACAGAACAAAGGUGCCAUUGUCCAGAGGAGGCAGAGCCCAGAGAGACAAGUGGUGGUGGGGUGGGCCUCCUGGGCUUGGGGACAGCUGGACGAAAGGCUGGGGGUAUCAGCACAGGAGAUGUGGUUGGGGACAGGUGGCUGCAACGGGUGGGAUGGGCCUGAAGCCAGGAGGCCAGCAGGGGACAGGUUGGCCCCAGACACCCGGCUGAACCCCCAUCGCAGCCUCCUGGGCACCGGCAACUAUGACGUCAACGUGAUCAUGGCCGCCCUGCAGGGGCAGGGCCUGGCCGCCGUGUGGUGGGAUAGAAGGAGGCCCCUGUCCCAGCUGGCGCUGCCCCGGGUGCUGGGGCUGAUCCUGAACCUGCCCUCGCCUGUGUCCCUGGGGCUGCUCUCCCUGCCGCUGCGCCGGCGGCACUGGGUGGCCCUGCGCCAGGUGGACGGCGUCUACUACAACCUGGACUCCAAGCUGCGGGCGCCCGAGGUCCUGGGCAACGAGGAUGGUGUCAGUCUCCUUGUUUCUCCGCCCAGGGCCUUCCUGGCAGCUGCGCUGGCUCAGGGCCUGUGCGAGGUGCUGCUGGUGGUGACCAAGGAGGUGGAGGAGAAGGGCUCCUGGCUGCGGACAGACUGACCCCGAGGAGGAGGGGACCACGGCCGCCCGCGGGCGUGGCCCCCGCGCAUCCACAUCCAGUUCCCAGCGCCGGGGGAAGGGCCAGGCCCCGCACCUCCUGGACCCAGCGGAGGUCCCAGCCCCUUCCUCGCAUCCCCUCCCCGCCCCCCCCACAUGCCACUAAUGCCUCAAUAAACCAGAUGGAUGAUUUGC